UGCUCAAUGUGUUAACAAUAAUGGAUCCUAUGCGUGUUUAUGUGAUGAAGGAUUUCAACAGGAUGGUGAUAUAGUAAGAUGUGUAGACAAUGAUGAAUGUGCUACGUUACAACCGUGUGACCCGGACGCCAACUGUACCAACACCGAUGGUUCCUACGACUGUACAUGCAAGAGAGGCUAUGAAGGAAACGGUACAGAGUGUGAAAAUAUUAACGAAUGUUACCAUUCAAUAGAUCCAUGUGGAACAGAUGAGAUAUGCACUGAUACGCAAGGGUCGUUUUUCUGUUCAUGUAAAGAAGGAUACUCAAAGGUCAACUCGACAUGUGUAGAAGUGAUAUUUGUUCCCCUUGCAACUACCAUGGCAAUGUCAGUUGCAAAUGUAUCCUUCGAAGCUACAUUCAUGGUACCUGAAACGUCCACUUCACCUAUUAAUGCAAAUAUGGUGACGAUCACUAUAGAGUUCGAAAUGACAUUCCUGUAUGGGAUUUAUGAUAACCCAUUAGAUCCUGCAACAAUCUCCCUCAAUGCAAGCAUUACGUCAAUGCUUUCAAUAAUAUACCAAAGAGUAAAGAGCAUCGUUUUCAAGGCAGUUCACAUAAGACGUUUCUAUGAUGGUAGUAUCGGAGUUGAGCACGAUGUUGAAUAUGAGACAGAACUAGACACCAUAGCCAUAUCCGAAGUUGCCCUUGAGCUGUUGGCUGCAAUUGAUAAUGGAGGUGGGAAACUGACUGAUCCAGACGACAAAGUGUACGUGGUGAAGGGGAAACCAACCAUUAAACAGGAUGGAGAAGACGUUGUAAUAACCGAAGCGUGUUCUGUGUAUGAACACAACUCUGUGUGCAAGAAUGGAGGCAGUUGCACUAACGUAAACAGCUCCCCGCGAUGCAGUUGUAACUUCAUGUACAAGGGGA